CAGAGUCCAGCUUCACUGUUAGACACUACAGUAGGAUGUGUAUUGAUAAGAAUAGGACUCAUGCUGCAGACCAGUUGAGUCAUGGGUGUAACGGGUAACUUCAUGACACAUCAUUGGGCAGUUGCUGGGACACUGCUAACUGGCUCAGAUCCCGCCUGCCUAACUCCCCACACCCACCCCCUUAUGCCUGACCACCCGCCCCCUCAUAGACCUCUGCUAGUCAGCCCAGCACAGCCCCUGGCCACGUCUCAAACAGCGCUUUGUACACAGGGGACGGUGGAAGUUGCCGAGCAGCAGCUGGCCGACACGGAGGGGAGGAGAGGAGCGCACCGCGGGGUGUUGGGACAGAGAGAGCACUUCGCACCGGCUCCGAGGACAUGCAACACGACCGAAAAACACAGCUGAAGCUCUCUCACUCCUCCACAGUCCUGUCUUCUCUGCAGCUCAAAGGGUAAAAAUAAAAGAGAUUUCAUCAUCGAACUCCUGCAGCUGACAUCAAUCCAGAGCCACCAUGCCACGCUGCAGAGUGAACCUCAGCACCAUGAUCUUCCUGGUGAUUCUGCAGGGGGCAGCAGUGGUGCUCUUCUGUGGCUGGUACAUGGAGCUCAGUCCCUGCAGCCCUGCGCCCUCCAACGGCAAAGUUCACGUCCUGCUGCUGUCAUCGUGGCGAUCAGGCUCGUCCUUCCUGGGUCAGGUGUUCAGUCAGCACCCCUCUGUGUUCUACCUCAUGGAGCCCGCUUGGCACGUGUGGACCAAACUGCAUAAACCAGGGGCGCGUGUACUUCGGAUGGCCGUGAGGGAUUUGUUACGGAGCAUGUUCCAGUGUGACCUCUCUGUGAUGGAGGCCUACCUGCCAGAGCAUCACAACGUCUCUGCCUUGUUCAUGUGGUUUGAGAGCCGAGCUUUGUGCUCACCACCGGCCUGUCCUCUUACGCCACGAAACCAGUUCAGCAACCAGACUCUGUGCAAGAAGGCAUGUGAUGCUCGGGGUCUGCAGCGGGCGCAGGACGCCUGCGGCACUUACAGCCACAUUGUGUUGAAGGAGGUGCGAUUUUUUGAGCUGGAAUCCCUCUACCCUCUCUUGCAAGACCCGCACUUGGAUCUCCGCAUCAUCCACCUGGUCCGAGACCCCCGUGCUGUUUUGCGGUCUCGAGAGGCUGCCGUGAAAGCCCUUGCCAAAGAUAAUGCUAUUGUGUUAGAGCAAAAAAACACGCCAGCAGCUGAGCUGCAAUAUCAAGUCAUGCAGGAGAUCUGCCGCAGCCAUGUGCGCAUCAAUGAGAGGGCCAUCCUGAAGCCCCCCCCUUUUCUUGAGGGCCGCUACAAAAUGGUCCGCUAUGAGGAUGUUGCCCGCAACCCGCUGGAGGAGAUAAAUCGCAUAUAUGAGUUUGUAGGCCUGGGGAUGACCUCAGAGCUGGAGGAGUGGAUCUACCACGUGACCCACGGGAGGGGCAAAGGCACCAAAAGAGAGGCUUUCAAAAUUACAUCACGAAACGCUGCUGAUGUCUCUCAGGCUUGGCGUAGCACGCUGCCGCAUGACAAAGUCAAACGAAUCCAGGAAGUGUGUAAAGGCGCCAUGUCCCAGCUCGGGUACAGGACAGUUGACAGCGAAAAAGAACAGAAGAGCCUGGAAAUAGACCUUCUCGUGCCACGGGAACCGUACCAGUUCAGCUGGUUGCCAGCUAAAACAGAGCAUCCUGAAACCAGUUAGAACAUUAACAACAAAGAUGUGAACACUGAGGGACUACAGUGGACUAGAGUCUUCAUUCUUAAUAGGAUUGAUAGACUGUUCAGGUCUUCAGUGAAUGUUGAGAGAACACUUUAAUGUCCAAGUCGUAAAUGAAUACGAGGGAUGCUCAUGACAGAUUUUUGUCAGUCUGAAUCUGAGUUGGUAUUUCAGUGAGACACUGACUGUCCUGCCUUUAUUUAGUUCAUCACCACACAAAGCUCCGUAAUCAGUGAUCUCAUGUUUUUACCUGUAACACACCCUAUUACCUGACUUACAGCUGACUUCUUGACAUUCAAACAUUUCCUGUUGACCGGUUAUAAUUAACCUAAGUAUGACUUCUUACUGAAACAUUAACCCAGAUAAAAGAUAAGAGUCUGGGCUGAAGUCAGCAGGAGCUUGGUUUGCAGCCACUCAGAGGAGCAGAUGAAAAAAGCAGAUUUCUCUUUUGAAAUCUGUUGGUGUAUUUUUUUUCUGGUUGUAGGUAGCAGGUUUGUGGAUAAAAAAUAGAUAUUGAGCAUGAUGAAUCUUUGAGGAUAAACAUUCAAACAAUCAGAGCACAAACAUAAACCAGCCAAAGCCCACCCUGACAUCCUGUGUCUGCAGGAAAGGAGCGAGAGAGAGAAACACUGAUUGUUAACUCAGAACAGAUUAUUUUCCGUUUGUUUUUUUUUCUUUAACUUUUAUUUGGGGAUUUGUUUGUUUCAUUGAGGGGUUGAUUGGUUACAAAACAAAAUUGCCUCCAAAGCUCUUGAAACAAAUUUAGUGGAAGAAUGAACCCUUUGGGUAGUUUUGAGACUCAUCAAGUUAAGUUUACGGCCGGCCAUGCUGUCGCUCCUGCAUCACUCCGUGUACUUUGAUGCACAGAUCUCCUUUUCCUGUGUGUCAGUCUGAGUAAACCAGUGUUGUUAUUGUGUGGAGAGAACUAAUGUGACUUCACUUCAUUUAAUGCAUGUUUUUUUAAACUGGCACCAUGACAGUGUCCCCUGAAGGCCUGAUCUUUCCCUUCAGAGGAGCAACAGCCAGUAUGAGGUGGGGCCGUCACAGUGGCAGCAAGUUUGUGAAUGUUUGAAUCUACACCUGCGAUGGGUGUGUUUGUGUGGGGGCGACAGGAAGCACAUUGAAUGUAAGUAUUGAAAUGAAAGGACUCAGACUUGAAUUAAAAAAAAAGGAAAAAAAACUUCUAGUUCUGUGUAGAAAUAAAACAUAUUAAAGAUUAAAAGUCACUUGAAGUAACAUACUACAUAACUAAAAUAUGUAUGUCUUCUACCUGCUCUUGAGUUAUUUAUGGAGAUGAGAUUGAAAGUCAAGUCAAGUCAAAUUUAUUUAUAAAGCACAUUUAAAAACAGCAGAAGCUGACCAAAGUUCUGUACAAUAUAUAAAAAAGAUUAAAUCAAUAAACAAAAUAAAAUAAAAAACACAAUGUGAGACCAAACCAAAUAAUAAUUUGAAAGAGAGACAAAAAAACAACAAGGAAAGCACAGCAAUAGGAAUGGAAACCUAUUCAAGGCUAGAGGACUCAAAGGCUAAAAUAUAAAAGUUUGUUUUGACGUAAGUCUUAAAAGAGUUGACAGAGGGGGCGGUCCUGAUUUAGGAGGGGAGGCUGUUUCAAAAACGCGGGGCCUGUACACUAAAAGCACGGUCGCCCUUCAGUUUAAAUUUUGACCAGGGAACUGCCAGGAGACCCAUGUCAGAAGACCUCAGAGGUCUGGAGGUUUUGUCAGGGCUCAGGAGGUCAGUUAUAUAAGGUGGGGCCAGACCAUUCAGAGCUUUUUAAAUCAAAAAGCAAAACCUUAAAAUCAAUUCUGAAGCAAAUUGGAAGCCAGUGAAGGGAAGUCAAGACGGGGCUGAUGUGAUGCCUCUUCCUGGAACCAGUAAGAAGCCUGACUGCAGCGUUCUGGACUAACUGCAUACAGGACAAGGCCGUCUGACUGAUUCCAGAAUACAGGGCGUUACAAUAAUCGAGGGGGGACGAAAAGAAGGCAUGGAUUACUAUUUCAAGGUUGUUUCGAGAAAAAACUGGUUUUAAGUUUGAGAUGAUUCUAAGCUGGAAGAAACUAUUUUUCACCACUGAUUUUACCUGCCAAUCAAAAGUGAGAGCUGAAUCGAAAAUGGAUCCAAGGUUUUUAACAGAUGGUUUAAUGAAGGUUGACAGAUCACUGUUAAAACCUUGGAAACAACUGAGAUAUUUACAAAAAGUAUCACCAUUCUUUUUUUCCUCACUUGCCCCUCAGAGCUCAAUACACUAGGGGAAAUCAAUUUGGGGAAAUCUGGUUUAAGAUGUAAAAACUUUAGAAAUGUAACUUCUGCUUCUUGAUUCUCCGCCAGUGUUAAGUAGCCUCGUACAGCUUACAGCUCACGUUCAGGUUAGAAAGACGUCAAAUACGACUGCCAACAAUGUUCCAGUGGUUUGGAUCAGCCGGCUGUAAAUCUGCUGGAUAAUCAUCUCCUAUCAAUGUUUGUUUUUUUGUCUUUAUGUUGUUUGAUUUGUGGCUGAUUUGCUGUGACACCACAGAGCUGUUGUUUAGACAGAGUAAGUCUGAUGAGGAUUAAGGAACAGGGCUUUUUGUAAGUGGUACAACAAUAAAGCAUUCACAUCAUUAGAGACAAAUGUAUGUCUGCUUGUAGUCAGAAUGUAGAUUCUCUUGGUGCUGUCUUUAAAGAUACUGACCUGUUCUCUUUCUUUGUAAAUAUGUAGAUGUUUUGAUGUCACAGUAUUUUUGAAUGAACAUGAGUCGGAGCAGGACUUUUGCCUCUACACUCUGGCCGACCUGGGCUGUGUCCCAGUUGCACCGUGCUGUAUGAACCAAUAUUCAAAAUACAUGAAUUGUACCCCUCAAUGUUGUGAGCUGAUAGUUUCCUUCCACUGUUGAUUUGAUUUGUUGGUCUUUACAAAUGUAAAUGUUACAACACUUCAGAUUUUGAAACCUGAAGCUGGGACUGUAUGAGGUGCUAAUAUGCCAACUAUUACAGCUUUUGCCUCUAAAACAUCAGAUCAUGCAUACAAAUACAAAGCAGUAGGUUUCCCUGACUUUUCUGAUACUUUUGGAGCGCCCUCCACACUGUUCAUGUAUGUCUUAAUGUGUUCCAGCUGUGUUCCUACUCUGUUCUCUUCAUACGGUACAUGGUCUAUUAACAAAAGAUUUUACAAAGCUUAUUUUGCUGUGCAUUCUUCAAACUGAAGUUAAACUUAAUGUGUCAGAAUUAUUUUACUUUACUUUUGACUCUCAGACAAAAGAAAUGUAAUCUGGAUCUGGGUCACAGGGCUGGUGUAUCUCCACACACCGGUGCACAAGAUGCAUGUGGAUUAGUGCUGCAGGAAACUCAAAACAGGUCCUCUUGUGGAUGGAGCAGCUAGCAGAGGAGAACAGGACACACAGGGAACAUGAGUUAUGGGACUAAUGGUUUCUCUCGGGAUGAGAACUGAAAAUUCAAGGGACUCUUUUGAACAAAUAUAAAACAAGUUAUGUUACAUUAUCAUUCUACACAGAAAGCUUGCCUGUAGUUUGGCUUCAUCAGAAACAUAACGACAGCAUUUCUUCACAGAUUACUGACUCAGAGAGCAUUAAGGAGGAACAUAUACCAUAAGACUGUCAGUGAGAGUAAGUCCGGCUAAAGAAAAGCAUCUGUUUCUGCUCUGUGUGUCUGCUGGAUACAUAUGGAGCCUGUGGAACAGAGUGUUCACUGAGUACACUCUGUUCUCUCUGGGUGUGAUGCUUGUUCUUGUGUAUGCAUGUGUAUGUGUGUGUGUGGGUCUGUGUAGGUGUGUGUGUAGCUUCUUUUUUUGAGAGAGAGAGAGAGAGAGAGAGAGAGAGAGAAGAGCAGAAAUGUAUUAUUGAUUUAAUGGUGGACAGAGUGUUGCAUUGAAAGCUUGGAAAAAGUUGUCUGUGAUCAUGACAUGUCUGAACAUUGACCACACGUCCCUUUGCAAUGUGAAAGAUGUGAUGCCCAUUCUGUUUAUCCACACGUCUUUUGUUCCAUCAUGUUUUACUUUGAAUUAAGAGUUGAUGAUGUCGGUGUCUCACAGAGGGUUCAGCUCACUGGCCUGCCAGUCUGUAUUCAACUUAAGAUAAGAGCCUACAUGGUACUAAUGGACACAAUAAAUAUUUACAUGUAA